AUGCAAGUCACCUUCGCCCUGUCAAAUUUGACGGAACGAGCAAAGACUUGGGCCUUAGGGCUCAAGCUUCACGACCCAAACGUGUUUGAGUCGUUGGAGAUCUUGAAGUCUCGGCUUAAAGAGACGUUCGAGCCGCCGAGAGCCGAGUUCAGAGCACGAUCUGCACUCUUGAGGCUAAAGCAAGGUAAGCGUGACGUGCACGCUUACGCACAACACCUACGCUACCUUGCAAGUAGCGUCACGGAGAACCCUGUUAAUGAGCACACGCUCAUCAACGUGUUCAUCUACGGCCUUGUGGAUGGGCCGGUGAAGACCUACACGUUCCGAGAGGACUUCCAUGCGCUGGAAAAGGUGAUAGCGUAUGCGGAACAAGAAGACUUCAGCCUGAGACAGUCACAGGCUAACUCGUCAGACUAUCGUCCAUUGUGA